GCAAGGCAUUACGGUGCAACUUUGUGCGUAUUAAUCCACUCUUGGAAAAUUAGCGUUUGCUCUUCUCAAGCUUCCACGACACUUUCGGUGGACUUGGUAAUUGCCAAACUGUUUCCCGCUUCUCGGUACAAAGUAUAUUUGUAUCUAAGAUUUGAUUUUUCACUUACACCCGGUGAACAUCUCUGCGAUACGGUCCCAUCGCUUUACGAUUCGCCCGCGGCGAAAAAGUUAAGAACUGAGUUUUAUCGCGGAAGAGAAUCCCAACUGAAUCUAGCAUCGCAGAAGCGAAUCCGACUGAAUUUGGCGAUUGAAUCUCUGACGACUCUCGUACUAGCAGUGCUAAAAUAUGAUCGUUCUGGCAGUUCUGAUCGCAGAAUGGUCUUUUCUGACCAUUUUUUUAUCGAUCUGUAUGGUCACGCUCUCGAUGGCAUUAAUGGUACGGAGGGCCAAGUUUUUGUAUGCUUUAAAGAAUGUGCCAUAUCCCACAGCGUUGCCGAUUGUCGGUAACGCUUAUCAACUCAAAUGCACGCAAGAAGUAUUCUUUCAGCGGUUGAUAAAAUGGGCUAACAAGUUUGGCGACAUUUAUUUGAUCUGGGUCGGCAUGCGACCUUUCAUCUUUCUUUAUCGAAUAGAAUCAGUGCAACCUUUACUUAGCAGUAGCGUACACAUUGAUAAAAGUCUAGAGUACCAAUACUUGAAGCCUUGGUUGGGUACGGGACUGGUAACCAGUUCUGGCGAGAAAUGGCACGUUCGCAGGAAGCUGCUGACGCCAACCUUUCACACUGGCCUCCAGGAGACAUAUUUAAAAACUAUAAAAGAAGAGACUAAUGUUCUAAUUUCCUGCCUUGAAAAAGAAGUGAACAAAUGGUUUGACAUUGUUCCGUUUGCAAAACGCGCCGCUCUUGAUAUUAUAUGCG